AUGAUUCCCCGUUUGAAUUCCCUUUGGCUACAUCACUCCAUAACCCUUCAACUUCCUUCAUACUUCAGUCUCUACUUGUCUUCUUUUUUACAUCACAUGGCAACUUUGAGAUGCAGUUCCCACAUCCUUGUUUUCCCUUUCCCAGCGCAAGGCCACAUGAUCCCUCUCUUAGAUUUCACCCAUCGCUUAGCCUUAACCGCCACUGCCAUUGAUCUAACCAUUACCGUCUUAGUCACCCCAAAGAACCUCCCUUUCUUAACCCAACUCCUCGCCGCCCACCCGCUGAUUCAGCCUUUGGUCCUCCCUUUCCCUCCCCACCCUUCCAUCCCUUCCGCCGUCGAAAACUUAAAGGACGUCCCUCAACGGUGUUUACCUGCCUUAAUGCAUACCCUCGGCCAACUCUACCAUCCUUUGCUUUCCUGGUUCCAGUCCCAUCCUUCGCCUCCUUCGGCCAUCGUCUCCGACAUGUUCUUGGGCUGGACCCAACGUUUGGCCUCCCGUGUCGGGGCUAAACACAUCGUUUUCUCGCCUUCCGGCGGCAUGGCUUUGUCUGUUUUGUAUUCCCUGUGGAUGGAGCUUCCUAGGCUCGAUGAUCCUCGUGAUCCGACGGCUGUCGUUUCGUUUGAUAAACUUCCGAAUUGUCCGAAAUACCCUUGGUGGCAAAUCUCUGGCUUGUAUCGAGCUUGCGUCGAGGGAGACCCAGCCAUGGAAUUUAUCAAAGAUAUUUUCCACGCGAACAUCCAGAGCUGGGGCCUUGUGGUCAACUCCUUUAAUCAACUUGAAAGGCCUUAUUUUGACCAUUUGAAACGGGUGAUGGGCUGUGAUCGAGUGUGGGCAGUGGGACCCUUACUCCCUCUCCAUGACCACGAUGAUCUUACCGUUUCUGUUCAUAGGGGUGGGUCCAGCUCGGUGCCGUUGGAUCACUUGCUGACGUGGCUUGACGCGUGUGAAGAUGGCGAAGUCGUGUACGUUUGCUUUGGGAGUCAAGUCGUGUUAACCAACGAUCAGAUGGCCGGUGUUGCAUCCGGGUUGGAAAAGAGUGGUGUUCGUUUUAUAUGGUCGAUCAAGGAGCCUUCUGUGGCGCACGUGGAGGAAAAUUACGGAAUGAUGCCAAAUGGGUUCGAAGAUCGUGUGGCUAACAAUGGACUCUUGAUCAGAGGGUGGGCCCCGCAAGUCGCUAUACUGAGUCACCGAGCAGUGGGUGCAUUCUUAACUCAUUGCGGGUGGAACUCGGUGUUGGAAGCAGUGGUAGCUGGCGUAACCAUGCUGACGUGUCCAUUCGGAGCCGACCAGUUUGUGGACCAAACAUUGUUGGUGGAAGAGCUAAAGGUGGGUAAGAAGGCGUGUGAGGGACCACAAAUAGUGCCGAAUCCAGAGGAGUUGGCCCGAGUCUUGGCGGAAUCAGUGAGCCGGGAGAAGGGAGUUGAGAGGAAAGGAGUUAUGGAAUUGAGAAAGGCAGCAUUGGAAGCAGUAAGAGAGGGUGGCAGCUCAGCCCAGGACAUGGAAGAGAUGGUGAAGCAGUUAUUUUCUAUGCAAGCCUAGAUCUAAUGUCGUUUUAUUAUGAGCAUAUUUAGACCCUCUUUUUCCAUGUUAGUAUGUUAUUACCUAAUUAUAACAUUAUAUUAGUUGGGACUAUGAACUCUUUUAGCAA